AGAGAGAGAGAGAGAGAAAGAGAGCGAUAGCGUGGGAGGGGAGGCUCGUGCGCCGGCGAGCAAAUCGUGUGUCAGACUCGUGGCAGAGGGGUCAGCGCGAGAGAAAGAACGACACGAACCGAACAUUUUCUGGACUUAGCGGGAACGUGAUAUAUCCGCGGAAGGAUGAACGACAUGGAAGCUUACGGGGAUGGAUACAUGGAGCCCGAGGAAGAAUGGGAGAGGGAAGGUCUUUUGGACCCAGCUUGGGAAAAACAGCAGAAAAAGACAUUCACAGCAUGGUGCAAUUCGCACCUUCGCAAAGCUGGAACCGCUAUCGAAUCGAUCGAAGAAGACUUUAGAAAUGGACUGAAAUUAAUGUUACUACUUGAAGUAAUUUCUGGCGAAACUCUGCCAAGACCAGACAGAGGCAAAAUGAGGUUCCACAAGAUCGCGAAUGUGAAUAAAGCUCUUGAUUACAUUGCCAGUAAAGGUGUAAAAUUAGUUUCUAUCGGAGCAGAGGAAAUCGUGGAUGGCAACUUGAAGAUGACAUUGGGCAUGAUCUGGACCAUCAUUUUGAGAUUUGCUAUUCAAGACAUUUCUGUGGAAGAAAUGACUGCUAAAGAGGGUCUUUUGCUGUGGUGUCAACGUAAAACUGCACCGUAUAAAAAUGUCAAUGUUCAAAACUUCCAUCUAUCCUUCAAGGAUGGUUUGGCGUUUUGUGCGCUCAUUCAUCGUCAUCGCCCUGAUUUGAUUGAUUACAAUAAACUUAGCAAGGAUAAUCCUUUAGAAAAUUUGAACACUGCCUUUGAUGUUGCUGAAAAGUAUCUCGACAUUCCUCGUAUGUUAGAUCCCGAUGAUUUGAUCAACACACCCAAGCCAGAUGAGCGUGCAAUCAUGACGUACGUGUCCUGCUACUACCAUGCGUUCCAAGGUGCUCAGCAGGUCAAUAUGCGAAAUACAGCAAUGCCUGAUGAGAGAGCUGUGAUGACCUACGUUUCCUCAUACUACCACUGCUUUAGCGGCGCACAAAAGGCAGAGACUGCCGCAAACAGAAUAUGUAAAGUUCUAAAAGUGAAUCAAGAAAAUGAGAGACUCAUGGAAGAAUACGAACGACUGGCAUCUGAUUUACUGGAAUGGAUAAGACGAACCAUGCCUUGGUUGGCUAGUCGUCAGACCGAUAAUUCCCUUGCCGGUUGUCAGAAAAAAUUAGAAGAAUAUAGAACGUACCGUCGUAAGCAUAAACCACCGCGAGUUGAGCAAAAAGCCAAACUCGAAACGAAUUUUAACACUUUACAAACGAAACUGCGACUCAGCAAUCGACCUGCUUAUAUGCCAACUGAAGGAAAAAUGGUAUCCGAUAUAAAUAAGGCUUGGAAAGGUUUAGAGUUGGCAGAGAAGUCAUUCGAAGAAUGGCUUUUGUCGGAAAUGAUGCGUCUCGAGCGUUUGGAACAUUUGGCUCAGAAAUUUAAACAUAAAGCUGAUGCUCAUGAAGAAUGGACUGCAGGAAAGGAAGAGAUGCUCACAUCACAACAUUUCCGACAGUGCAAACUCAAUGAACUCAAAGCUUUGAAGAAAAAGCAUGAAGCUUUCGAAUCUGAUCUUGCGGCGCAUCAGGAUCGCGUGGAACAGAUAGCUGCCAUUGCUCAGGAGCUCAAUACCUUGGAGUAUCACGAUAGUGCGUCCGUUAAUGCUAGAUGUCAACGAAUUUGCGACCAAUGGGAUCGCUUGGGUACUCUUACCCAACGUAGACGUCAGGCGUUAGAUGAGGCCGAACGUAUUCUUGAAAAGAUCGACGUCCUACAUUUGGAAUUCGCUAAACGAGCUGCUCCGUUCAAUAAUUGGUUGGAUGGAACCAGGGAAGAUCUAGUAGAUAUGUUUAUCGUUCAUACGAUGGAGGAAAUCCAAGGUUUAAUGGAUGCUCAUGCUGCGUUUAAAGCAACUCUUGGAGAAGCUGAUAAAGAAUACAAUGCUAUUGUGGGAUUAGUGCGUGAAGUUGAAUCAACAGUCAAACAGUUCCAAAUUCCGGGAGGUCUUGAAAAUCCGUACACUACUCUCACUGCUUUGGACCUUACGAAGAAAUGGAGCGAUGUCAGACAACUUGUACCUCAGCGUGACGGUACACUGCAAGCGGAACUUCGCAAACAACAGAAUAAUGAAUUACUUCGACGACAGUUUGCUGAGAAAGCUAAUGCCGUUGGUCCGUGGAUAGAACGUCAACUAGACGCAGUUACAGCUAUUGGUCUCGGUCUUCAGGGUACUUUGGAAGAUCAAUUACAUCGUCUGAAGGAAUAUGAACAAGCGGUUUAUCAAUACAAAGCUCAUCUUGAAGAACUGGAGAAGAUUCACCAAGCUGUCCAAGAAGGCAUGAUAUUUGAGAAUCGAUACACUCAAUAUACGAUGGAAACUUUACGAGUUGGAUGGGAACAAUUACUUACUUCGAUAAAUCGUAACAUUAAUGAAGUCGAAAACCAAAUUCUUACUAGAGAUUCGAAGGGUAUUACGCAAGAACAACUUAAUGAAUUUCGUAGUAGUUUCAAUCAUUUUGACAAGAACCGUACAGGUAGAUUGGCUCCUGAUGAAUUCAAAUCCUGUCUUGUUUCUCUGGGUUAUUCCAUUGGAAAGGAUAGGCAAGGUGACAUCGAUUUCCAGCGUAUUCUGGCUAUUGUUGAUCCAAAUAAUUCUGGUUACGUACAUUUCGAUGCGUUCCUAGACUUUAUGACUCGCGAAUCUACAGAUACAGACACAGCCGAGCAAGUAAUCGAUAGUUUCCGUAUACUUGCUGGAGACAAGCCAUACAUUUUGGCCGACGAACUGAGGAGAGAAUUGCCACCUGAUCAGGCUGAAUACUGUAUUCAACGAAUGCCUCCAUACAAGGGACCGAAUGCAAUCCCUGGAGCAUUGGAUUAUCGUUCAUUCUCUACUGCUCUAUACGGUGAAUCAGAUUUGUAAGGAUACAUAUCAAAAAUCAUGAAAACUUUUUGGACGAUUUCCAUUUUAAAAAGCAGAUGAAAUGUUAUUUGAAACGUAUGUCGCACGUUUUGGUACUCUAACGCAUCUUUAUAAAUUGAGAAUCUCAACGCGAUCAAAGAAUCAUUGACUAGCCUCAAGAAAUAUAGUAUAAUAUUCGGAGCGUUUGGGAUGAAAAGGCUCUAAUACGUUUAUACGUGUCACGAGUUAGCAAUUUUUUAUUCGUGAUAUUUUUUUAACGUAAAGGAACCUGAGAGCUAUACCGAUAAAUUUUGAUACACUGAUAUUUGCUAAGAUGUCUAUUCUCUAUCGUUAUCACGAGAUGAAAUUGACGUAUAGCGCUCGAUGAAGGUGGUCCGUACUUAAAUAAGUCUGUACAGUGACAAUAAAUAUACACAAUUUAGAUACCUUGACGUUAAAAGAGUAGCACAAUCGAAUACAACAGAUUCUUCUAGAACGUUUGCUUCUUGCCUAUGUCUACGGUGAGUCCUAUAAUUAGUAAGUUAAUGUUUCAAUUGUAUAUAAACAUGUCCGAGAAGUCACACGAGUACCAAUAAUAGAGAGAAUAAUAAGCAUUUCCUUUCCGUAAACGUUCCAGAAAAGGAGAGGAUAAUAUAGUUCCAUAAAUGAUUAAUAUGUUAAAAUGGAAAACGUGAUUAAACGGUUUAUUACGUACAAUUUUCGCAUGCAUCGAUAUUGCAGUCGUACAUAUUGUUUAAAAAAUAUUCCAUUUUAUUGGGAGUAUUUGUAUAUUUUUGAAAAAGCUGUUUAAAUCGUAUCAUACAAAAAAUAGCUUAAUUUUUCCUUGGAAA